CUAGAGCCCACCACAUUGAACAUCCAACAAUAUGAAUCUAACAGAAUGAAUAAAUUUGUAUUCUAGGUUUAUGUUCUAUUACAUUAGGCGGUUUAAUUGUAAAUAUAUCGUACUAAGUGUUAAAUAUUAGUCAACAUUGUGAUGCUAACUAUGCUAGCAGUCAAAUUGGCCGCUCUUUUUAGAGGUGUGGUAACGUUACAUCUGAUAAACUGAACCUCUGACGUGAAUGUGCAUUAUUUAAACACUUGAAGAGGAAUGUUACUUAUACAUACACCGUAAAUAUAUAGAGUAUAUUAUGUAUGUAUAAUUUCUAAUUUAUUACACGGUUUAACAGAUUGAUUGUUCAUUGUUAUUAAGCAGUUGAGGUCUUCAAUGGACUCUAAUGUACUGAGCGAGAAGAGACUGUGAGUCAGCAGGACCCGAACAUGCCUUUCCUCCAUGGCUUCAGGAGGAUUGUUUACGAGUAUCAGCCACUGGUGGACGCGGUGCUUUGUGUGCUGGGGACAGACGGAGAAAACCAGCGCAGGCAAGAUGAAGAGGAAAGCGUGUCUGUGGCUCUGGCCGAGCUGCUGGACAGAGAGGCGCAGUCUCCCGUCUUCAUGCAGGGAAUCAGUUACUCUCUGUUUCGAGUGGCUGAGUUUGGUUUAGUGAGCGCCGCACAGGUGCUCCUACGAUACGGAGCUGAUCUCAACUUUGAGGACCCUGUAUCGUACUACAACCCUUUACACAUCGCAGUACUGAGAAACAAACCAGACAUGGUGCGAAUGUUGAUCUCGAGUGGAGCUGAUAUUGACAAAAGAGACAGGAUUCAUGAAAGCAGCCCUAUUGACUUGGCCAGUGAGGAGGCUGAUAAGCUGCCGUGUCUCCGUGUGCUUCUGGAUUUUGGUGCUGAUGUGAAUGCAAAAGACAAGAACGGAAAAACAGCACUGCUUCAUGCUCUGGCCAGCAGCGAUGGACUCACGGUCAAAAACAUGGACAACAUACAGCUGCUUCUAGAAAGAGGUGCAGAUGUGAACGCGACCACACAAGACGGCGAGACCCCUAUGUCUUCUCUGGCCUUCCUAGUGAAGGAGGCUCUAGAGAGCAGUGUGGAGGAUGCCAAAGAAAUCGGCCACUUCUGUACCCAUGUGGCACAUCUUCUGAUCAGCCACGGCGCUGGUCCAAGCUGCUGCCUGAGCGCCACCGACGGGGAAGUGUGGGAGCAUUCCCUCACCUACACCAGCUUGGAAAACUUCGACCUGCUUUUUCCCCUAACAGUUCUCCUUCUCCAACACAGUGCCUCCUUCGUCUGCUCUCACCACAGCGCCUCCUACUGGACAGGACCACAGCUGAUAUUCACCCGACUUGCUGAAGCUCUCCGUGAAGCUGUUGAUGCUGCAGAAGUGGCGGAUGUUUUAGCCAAAGCCGAAGUGCUUUUGGAUUUAGCCAGGAUCUGCUCUCCGGCCAUCCCUCCUCUUUUUCCUCGCUCUCAACUGCCUGUGCUGGAGCAGGGCUCGAUCCAUGAGCCCCUGCUGGAGCUCUACGGCAAACUAGAGGAGCGAGAAAGCCAACCCAUGCCGCUCAGGUGCCUUUGCAGGAGACUGAUCCGCAACUGUCUUCUGCCCUGGCCGUUUGAGGAGAAGGUCAAAGCCCUGCCACUGCCAGACAGAUUGAAAGACCUGCUGCUUCCUGAAAACAGCUGGAAGAAUAGAGCCGGAUGGGACCGAUUUAAACCUCGAGGCUCCUCACACUGAGAUACAAACCUGUGCGUGUGUGUUUGUAAAUAUUGAGCCUUUAAUGAGCACUGAAUCCAUUAAAUCUCAGAUUAAAGCGACUAUUA